AGCCGGUGCACAGCCGACCAAUCAGGUGGCGGAGGAGAGGCUGUGCCUGGACCGGCUGGCAGACGCUCCGGGGACAGAGCUCCGGCCGCAGCUCAGCCCUGUGGCGGUGACAGCACUGACAGCGACUGGACCAGGUCCUGACUUCACCUCCCCUGUCUGUGUAGAGCAAGAUGGCUGACGUGGAGCUGGUGAAGAAGAUGCUGCGGGCCGUCCUCCAGGCUAACAAAAGCGGAGUGUCAUUGUCCCGUCUGCAGUCAGAGUACAAGGAGCUGACCGGAGAACAGAUACCACACAAACAGAUGGGACACAACCACCUGGACGCGCUGCUAGCCAGCAUGCCCACUUUAGUCCGCAUAGAGCGCAACCGCUCUGGAGAGACAAUGUGUUUUGCCUCAGGGUCCAAUGAGACAGCUCAUCUAGCCAAGGUGGUGGCUCGCCAGCGCAGCUCCAAGAAGACAGGCCGACCCCACCUGGUCAACACCCAGAUGAGGGUCAAACCGGCUGCCCCACUCGUCCUCAAUGCCAAACCUCAAACCUCUCUGAGGCAGCCGAACCACCGCGGGCGAGGCGGGGGUAGAGGAGGAGGCGGCGGCCGAGGGUCAGGACAUGGAGACUUCAGACAGGCGAGGGACAUGAGGGAUGGCCAGUCAGAGGGCAAGACUGGGGCGCAUCCACACAAGAUGUCCAAUCAGAACACACCCAACAGGAAAGGGAACCCUCCUACAGAGAAAUCAGACAAGAGGAUGACCCUCCCAUCACGGUUUCAGAAGGAGGUACAUGCUCACCUUUCCAGAAACUCCCAACAGACUGGUCCACCCUUGAAUCUAAACGAGAGCCCCGGCUCGGGAAAAGGAAAGCCCUAUAACCCUCAGCAGGUCCAGGGUCGCAUCAGGGAGAUCCUGGGGAAGUACAGUAACGGGUUCUGGGUGUCGAAGUUGCCUCAGAUCUACAGAGAGCUGUACAAACAGGACCUGCCCACUGAAUCCAUCAAAGACCUGGAGACCUGGACGCACAUAUGCACUGUAGAGAAAACCUGCAGCAGCAACCCAUCAGAGCUGCUACUCUACCCUGCCAAGGAACAGACCGCCACAUCCUCCCCUUCACCCACCCUUAACCCUGACUCCACCUCUGCCCCUGUUCCGACUUCAAACACCCCCGCAGACAAACCCCUGCAGUCCCCUGUCCAAAAGAGACCCCCCAGCGCCCGUCUGACCCGCUCUGGUUCUCGCUCUCCUCAGUCUCCACCAUCGUCCUCCUCGUCCCCAAGCCCUCCCUCCUCCCCUGCCACCCUUAGCCCUGACCUGAAGCUGAAACUGGAGGAGCUGCUGGUAAAGUACUCCAAUGGUCUGUGGGCCCACGCGCUCCCCAAGCUCUUCCAGGACACCUACAAAACCAAACUGCCUGGACAUGUCCUAGAGAACCUUCACCUCCUCUCUGACAUCUGCACCAUCGACUACCCAAUGCCUGACAACCCCAAGAGAGCUAUCUUGUACAGGAGGAGCAGCACUGGAGUCGGAGAAGGAGAGGAUGAGAACUGUAAUAGGAGGAACUCCUCCAUCAGUGAGGAGGAGCUGAUGGUGAGGCAGGAGCUUGGUAGGAGGCUAAGUAACCAUGCGGUGCCUUCUCUGCAGAUCCCCAAAGAGGAGUACCCCUCUGUGCUGGUGGUGGAGGCCACCAACACCAAUGCAGUCAUACUCAGGUACAUUGGUGAGGGUUACUCGCAGGCCCAGGAGUCCAUGGAGGAUGAAAUGAGGGAGUUUUAUGGCCUGGACCAAAGCAGUCCAUGUCCUUUGUCAUCUCUAUCCUCGGGCCAACUUGUUGCUGUCAGGGCAGAGGAGGAAGAGGAGAUUCUGAGGGCGCAAGUCUGCGAGGUCAUGGCCGACAAGGUCAAGGUGUACUAUGUGGAUCAUGGCUUCUCAGAGGUGAUCAGCAAAACCAAAGUGUUUGAACUGCACGAGAAGUUUUUCCAGCUGCCUUUCCAGGCAACCAAGUGUAAACUGGCUGGCCUGGGGCCAUUCUGUCAGGAGCCUGCCGUUCUGAAGAAGUUUGAGACAAUGGCAAGUGGAAGGAUCCUAUUGGCUGAGAUCCUAGAGAGAGGGCAGACCCCUCUUGUCGUCCUGUACGACACGUCACAGGAUGAUGAUGUCAACAUCAACGCUGCCUGUAUGAAAGCCCUGCAGGACAAGACGCUAGCCAGCCCGUUACAGGUGAACAGUGCAUAUAUGAACGUGACUGUCAGCAGCGUCUGCUCAGAUGGGACUGUCUACUGCCAGCUGCCCUCCAGAGGACUUGCCAAGCUGAAUGAGAUACUGGAGAAUAUAGAGACAUACUUCCACUCACAGGUAACAUCAGAGUUCCUGGUAUCCAGACCCUUCUGUGGGAAAGGAUGCUUGGCUCGCUACAAAGGCAAAUGGUCCCGUGUAGAGAUCACCAACCUUCACGGCAGCAGAGUGCUGGACAUCCUGUUCAUUGAUGUGGGUGUGCAGGCUUCUGUAGAAGUGUUUGAGCUGAGAGAGAUCCCACCGCCAUUCCUCCGUGACCUCAUGGCCAUCCCACCACAGGCUGUGAAGUGCUGUCUCGCAGACCUGGCUGUCAGCGUUGGAUCCUGGACUCCAGAUGCUGUCCAGUGGCUUCGAGAGAAAGUGCUCAACACCACAGACUGUAGCAUGAAGGUUGCCAAGGUAGAUGAAACCAAGCGCUGCAUUUACAUCCACCUUUUCACCGACAAGAGCUUCCAUGACCCUGCCCGUAGCCUCAACCAUCAGAUGGCCCAGUCUGACCUGUUCAAACAGCGGCCAGAUGUUUUCCUGACGAGCCACAGCCCUGCCAAGAUCUCCACAGCCACUUUAUCCUCCAAGACUUCUAGCACCAGUAACUCCAUUAAUGGGAGUCAUGUGUCAACUUCAGUCCCAGCCAAGCCUCAUCUCAGGAGGGCUUUGUCAGGACCCAGAGGAGGUGGAGGAGGCAACACCACCACCACCACCACCACCAGCCCACCAGAGACACCGUCAUCCCCCUCAUCCUCUCUCCAGCUUCCUCCAUUACUAGAGCUGCCCCCAGCAGGAAACAACAUAGAUGUUUAUGUGUCAGUGGCGUGCCACCCAGGUCACUUUGUGCUGCAGCCCUGGAGAGAUAUGUACAAACUUGUGGUGUUGAUGGGAGAGAUGAUUCUCUACUACAAUAAAACUGAGCAGAAACCACUCAACAUAGAGAAGAAUCAGAUAUACGCUGCUAAAGUGGAGAACAACUGGCAUCGUGUGUUAGUGAAAGGAGUUCUGACCAAUGGGUUGGUGUCUGUGUACGAGUUGGACUACGGUAAACACGAGCUGGUCAGCUGCACGCAGCUCAGACCACUGAUCAAAGAGUUCAGACAGCUGCCGUUCCAGGGAAUCACUGCUCAGCUGGCUGGAUUGAAGCCGAGGCAGUGGUCAGAGGAAGCCUCCAUCGUUUUCAGGAACCACGUGGAGAAGAAACCACUUGUGGCCCAGCUGGAGGCUGUACAGGAAGCCGCUAACCCCUGGGACAGGAAGUUGACCGUCUUCCUGGUCGACACUUCACAGGAAGAAAGGGACAUCUGGGUGCAUGACAUCAUGGCUGAAUUUGCCGAUGAGCUGACCAAUGAGCUGUAGACAACCGAAGAUCGUCAACGAGUCUUACUAGCUGAGCAGUUGUCCAGUUGUGAAUGAAGACACUGUGAGUUGUGGAUAGACAAAAUAGAAGAAGCUUAUCCAUCUUUAUCUAUCUACCAUUUAGGGGGACUGACAGAAGAAGGAAAUGAAAAAAAUGAAGGACAAGUUGCAAGAAGAAGGGAAAUUGAGAGGUUUGAUAGCAUGUAGAGACUGACAUUGACAGAAAGACAAGAGGUGUGGGUGUUGUAGCCACUUGCUUGUUGUGUUUUGGGCUGUACAUCGAAGGAUGUUGUGAUGUGAUUUUGAGUGACUGCAGUGUAACCAUUGGACAAUACACCUAUGCAUGAUGUUGGUCCAAACUUGCCACAAAUACUCAAAACAUACUUUCAGCAUACAGUAAAAAACUGCUGAAUCUAUCCGUAAUAGUCUCACAAAGCUGUGCAAAUGAUACAACAUGCAUUCAUAUACCUGUCGUAUGGGCUUUAAUGCAAUGCAGCAUCUAACCUUACAGUACAGUGAGUGCAUCCACUUUCAGUGUGUGUCAUCUUGGCGGGGACGCCUGAAUACCCUCAACCCUGCCAAUGUGAGCACCAUGCACAGUGCACAAAAUGUUAAAAUUAACUAAGCAAGUUCUCACAUGCUAGGAAAACGUAUAUGCAUUUGUUUACAAAACUCUGCUUUUUGGAUGGUAUUUCUGAUCGUCAUAAAGUUUACAUAAAGUUAGAGCAGACAUUCCCCCUGAGAGGAGAAAAAAUAGACGUGUCAGUGGGUCAUGGUGGACAGACGUAAUGUGAUUUUCAGUUUUAAAACUAACUUUCGGGUGCAGUAUCUAUCUUCUUGGUAAUCGAUGGGAGCAGUUUUUGCAGUUGGUGCUUUUAGUGCACGAGUCUGCUGAACUUACUGGCCAAACAAAACCCAGACACAGAAGUUAAAAGGUUUUGGUGAUACUCAAUGUGAGAUAUGUUUUGUUUAAUCCCAACAUUCGUUGUUUUCAGUGUUGGUAGGCUACAUUCUGGCACUGCAGAUACUUUAAUUUUAAUCAAAUUGAAAGAAUUGACAUGUUAUGUACAUGAAAAAAAAAAAAAAAAAACAGUUCCUCAGAUGAAAUUUUUAACUUAUGGUCUACUUCCUGACCGGUGAAGGCAGUGACUCAUCCAUCUCUUCUCCUCCUGUGAAACACUGAUUCCAGUGUGACUCUAUGCUUUUUAGGAGUUAAGGAGUAUCUCUCCUGUUAUUCUGUUUCUUGUCCAACCACAAGACUUUUAAUUUCAGCAGAAUAUAUGUGCUGCAUGUUGCAGAUCUUUCUGAAUUGUGUGCACAUAUAGUUUGAUCGAUGUUAUAAUAAUAAGCAGAUUAAGUUACCAGUAGUGUUAAGCUUUUAGAUUUUCAAAUAGGAUAUAAGCUCUGCGUGGUUAGUUCCAGUGCCACCAUCAAAUGUUGGCCUGAUGUGGGAUUUUAUUCUAAAAUGUGACUCUUCGGGACAUACCUGCACCGUGGUUUGGGAUGUGCAAAUGCUUCUCCAAUUCUAAAGACAGUAGACGUGACAAAGCUCAAAGCUGCAUCGUUGUUAACAACUGACAAUGAAUUUAAUUUAUAUUUAACUUAUAUUCUCUAGAUGAUAAUUAACAUUAUCAUUUCCAUUUCGUUUGACAAUGACCUGACAUGGUAAUAAAAGACUUGUUUUUUGGAAUAAAGUCAGUUUGAGAGGUUUAAA